CUCCAUCUGUUGUGACGCGCCUGAUACGUCACACAUCCCUCCAGCAGCAGAGAAGCCUAGGAGCUUCAUUUGGCUACGAGUAACCAGUCUCGUAAAUAAUGCUACCAGCGACCAGUGACCAGUGAUCAGUGACCGGUGACUAGUCUGCACUCUAAUUGUUUAAGUUAAUUCUUCUUUGAUCACAGUCUCCACCACCUAAACACUAAACAAAGGAAAGCCAUGUCCAGCCAAAGAGCACCACGGCAUAUCGAUAAGGAGGCGCGCGAAGACGAUGAUCUCCAAUAUGGCCAUGGACCCUUGAGUAAGGAAGAACUCGAGGCCAAGUAUCCAAACCGCCCUCUCAACCACCACAAGACCCUCCCGUUCCAUGAACUCUUGGUCUCUCUCUUCACGCCAUUGAGCGAGAACAAGAAGAAGCCAACCGGCCCCUCAGCUGCCGGUCGCGCCAAACGUGGGCCUCACGGGCCAACCCAUCAAUCUCCUCACGAAGUCCGCCGCAUCAUUAUCGAGCGUUUUAUUUCUCGGUGGAGGAGCGAGGUCGGCCAUGACUUUUAUCCCGCAUUGCGUCUUAUUAUUCCCGAGAAGGACCGUGACCGUGCGAUGUAUGGGUUGAAGGAGAAAACAAUCGGCAGGCUACUUGUUAAGCUAAUGAAAAUCGAUAAGAACUCUGAGGAUGGCUAUAAUCUACUCAAUUGGAAGCUGCCAGGCCAGACAUUCGCGAGUAGGAUGGCAGGAGACUUUGCGGGAAGAUGCUUUGAGGUACUGUCAAAGAGACCGAUGAGGACAUCAAUGGGCAAUAUGCGGAUUGCAGAGGUCAACCAGCUGCUGGACCAGUUAUCUUCGGCGCCUAAAGAGGAGGCGCAACUACCAAUUUUUCAGAUAUUCUAUAAUAGGAUGAACGCUGAUGAACUGAUGUGGUUAAUUCGAAUAAUCCUCAGGCAAAUGAAGGUUGGUGCCUCGGAGAAGACAUUCCUUGAUUUGUGGCACCCAGAUGGAGAAACUUUAUUCAAUGUUUCCUCAAGUCUUCGCCGGGUUUGUUGGGAACUCACGGAUCCUUCCAUCCGUCUGGAAGGCAACGAGACAGGAGUUACACUCAUGCAAUGUUUUCAGCCACAAUUGGCUCAGUUCCAAAUGCAUUCAUUUCAGAGAAUGGUCGACAACAUGAGGCCUACCCCGGAAGACACCGAGUUCUGGAUUGAGGAGAAACUGGAUGGCGAAAGGAUGCAAAUGCACAUGGUCGAGGAUGAUUCAGUUCCAGGGGGCAGGAGGUUUGGGUUUUGGUCCCGAAAAGCUAAAGACUACACCUACCUCUAUGGCAGUGGGAUCGAGGAUGAAAAUGGCGCUAUAACGAGACAUUUGAAGAAAGCCUUCGAUUCGGGUGUUAGAAACUUGAUCCUCGACGGCGAAAUGAUAACCUGGGAUCCCGAGGCAGAUAUAAUGGUCCCAUUCGGUACUCUUAAAACUGCUGCCUUGUCUGAACAGCGCAACCCCUUUGCUGGCAAUGGCCCGCGCCCACUCUUCCGAAUUUUCGACAUCAUCUACUUGAAUGAUGAACCUUUAACUCAGUAUACUCUUCGUGACCGACGCCGAGCCCUCGAAAGAUGCAUCACGAACGUUUAUCGAAGAUUUGAAGUUCAUUCUUAUACCUCAGCACAUUCUGUCGAAGCCAUAGAGCCUCUGCUCCGGAAAGUCGUGGCAGAAGCUUCUGAAGGUCUAGUGCUAAAGAAUCCUCGCUCCAUCUACCGCCUCAACUCGCGUAAUGACGACUGGAUGAAGGUGAAGCCAGAGUACAUGACUGGCUUUGGCGAGUCUCUAGAUUGCAUCAUAAUUGGUGGUUAUUAUGGGUCCGGGCAUCGGGGAGGCCGUCUUUCGAGCUUUCUUUGUGGACUAAGGGUUGACCAGAACCACAUACAAAAGGGGGCAGAUCCGAUGAAGUGCUAUUCGUUCUUCAAGGUUGGAGGCGGGUUCAAAGCCGAGGAUUACGCCAAUAUUAGACAUCACACAGAGAAUAAAUGGGUGGAUUGGGACCCAAGGAAGCCGCCCAUCCACUUAAUCGAACUAGCAGGAGGUGAAGCUCAGUUCGAAAGGCCAGAUGUAUGGAUCAAACCUUGCGACUCAGUAGUUGUAUCCGUUAAGGCCGCCUCCGUAUGCGCCAGCGACUCGUUUAGGGUUGGUUUGACGCUACGCUUUCCGCGCUUCAAGCACCUACGGAUGGACAGGGACUGGAGUACUUCACUGAGUAUUCAAGAAUUCAUAAAUUUGAAGUCAAGAUUGGAAGAGGAAAGCAGAGAAAAGGAAUUCACGGUUGACACUCGACGCAAGGCGGCGAAGACAUCUAAGAAGCAACUUCUAGUCGCAGGGAAUGAUAAUAAAGCGACCAAGCCAUAUGCGGGACAUGGCUCAGACGCGUUCCACGGCCUGAAUUUCUGCGUGCUGAGUGAAGCUACAAAGUUGCCGAAAAGGAGCAAGGCGGAGCUAGAACAGUUCAUUAAGGCAAAUGGCGGCUCCAUAUUUCAGAGUCCUACGAUACAAGCAGAUACGAUCGUUAUUGCAGAUAAGAAAGUUGUGAAGGUGGCCAGUUUAAUCAAGAGCGGAUUACAGAACGUGGUGAGGCCAAGAUGGCUGUUUGAUGCCGUUCAGCAGCACGAGAUUGAUCUUGGGCGGGAGGGGCAGUUGGUGCCUUUCGAGCCACGACAUAUGUUUUACACGGUCCAGCAUGAGGUAGAAAGGAUCCAGCAAAAUGUCGAUAGGUUUGGUGACAGCUAUGGGCGCGACGUGGGGCCUGCAGAGUUGAAGGAAAUAUGCGAUGACAUGCCCAAGGAAGAGCUGGGAAGUGGUGUCGAAACAGACGCACUGUUAAGUCAGCUACAGGGGCAGCACCAUGAUCUCGGUUUGAGAGACAUGAAGGGCUUUAUGUUCUCGGACUUUCAUGCAUAUAUUGCUAGCUGGCAAAGAGGCCAGGGAGUAGUAGAUUUGGGUGAGGACGAUCUACGGUGCCUGUUAGUGGAACAUAAGUUAAGAUUUGGGUUGGCAAGUGUCAUAUCGGACUUGGAGGAUGCAAGUAUCACGCAUAUCGUUGUGCAGGAAGGUGUUGACAAGUUGAAAUCUAUCAGGGAGAAAAUUUCGCAUAGGAAGGUAGUGCCACGAAUUGUCACACUAGAGUGGGUUGAGGACAGUUGGAGGGAAGGAACACUUUUGGAUGAAGAUAGAUAUGCACCAAGAGGUUAGGGUUUCGUUUGCCACACCGUCUGGUUGAAAUUAGCCUCCAGGAUGCAACCUAUAGAGGAAUAAUCACUACUAGAGUAAUGACAAGGACUAGACAGGUGCCAUCCCUCUUAUUCUCAGUCCAUAGCAGGUUCAGUACCUCUAAACGCCAAUAUCAUACCUCACUCACUCAACCCUAGUUUACUUCCCAAUAGUCAGGAACAACCUAUCGCCCACAUCGCCAAAGCCUGGACAUAUCAUCCCCUUCUCAUUAACAUCAUUGUCCAAUCCGGCAAGCCAGAUCUCUGUUCCCUCAGGCCAUUCUGCUGCUGCUCGGAUCACUCCCGGG